AUGACUGAUCAACUUAUUUCUGAAACUGAGUGUAAAAUAAUUAAAGCUCAAAUGGAAAGAAGAGCAAAAUAUAGAAAAGAGUUUUUAAGGAUGAGAACUGAUCCUUGCAAACAUAGUAUGGAAGCUGGUUAUGUUUUCGACCCAGCCCUCCAAAGGUUUAUGUCAAUGAAAGCCUGUCAAUUCGAUCAUUUUCAAGCAAACCCCAGAACCGUUAUAUCUGGUAUAACGAUGUUGGUGUUACCAAUGCUCGUUUAUGGAUAUUGCGUGUAUAAGCAGCGCAGUCAGUUCGAGAGGGACUGUCGUUGUGGAAAAAUUCUACCACGCGAUAGGAUAUUUAAAUUAAAAUAA